CACACACAGAGCAGAACAAAGUCCUCCAGUCAGGCUUUGAUAACUUUGCCUGCAGUCACCAGCAGUUUCACUCUGGAUUGGCUGCAGUUGGAGCGUUCCCUAGUUAGUGCCUACCUCGGAAAGCUGCUCAGUAAUGGGAAGGCGUCACACAUUUAGCUGCACCGGGAACUGCAAGGACUCUGCUCUCACACGGAUGAACCCUUUCCAGGCAGCUGGCUCCAGGAGCCCCGUGAAGCCAUUGUGCAUCUUGUUGGUUCUCACUGCCUGCAUGGGGGCUUCGAACUCAAGGACAGCGGAGACACUGUGUGGAGCCGAGCUUGUGGAUACACUGCAGUUCAUCUGUGCGGAGAGGGGCUUUUACUUUGGUGAGAACCCCCCCUUUGUUUUUAACUAUCACAACGCAACAGAGGUAACCCCGGCUCCUGCACCAAUUCAGCUCAGGGAAGGAAUGCCCAUCCUAAUAGUCAACAAGGUGGGCCGCCGGAGUCGCCAGAACCGAGGCAUCGUGGAGGAGUGCUGCUUCCGUAGCUGCGACCUCCUGAUCCUGGAGACCUACUGUGCAGUCCCACAAGAGGCAGCCAGAUCCACACCACCCACAGAACUGCACAGACCACUGCUGCACCGGAUCAUGGGGAAACGGUCUCUUGACGUUGAAGAGAAGCAUUCAUCAGGCUCUGGGAGGCACCCAGAGAAUCGUUGGAGCAACACUGGUCCUGCUUCCACUGCCAAGUACAAUAUCCGUGACCAGCAGAGAGAGGGCAACGCACGGCGAUCCCGGUACCCAGCCCACCACUGGGUGUGGUUGAGCAGGGUACCACCCCCUCAACGGGACAGCCUGCACUCUCCCCUUUGGCAGCCUAAGCCAUUCUGAAUAGAGCAGUGGGGUUGGAACUGAGGAAGGUAACCUUGAAGGAGGACACGGCAGUGUGGCCAGUCCACAAAGCCAUUCCGGCCAACAACAGCAGAGAGUCAAUGUGAGGGACGGUGUUGGAAGCGCCAAGUUCAGAGGGGACAACUGUGGAGAACAUCUCCCUCUGUUCGUAAAAGAAAUCUUUGAGUUCCCGGAGGUCAAGGAGGUGGUUGCUUUAAUUGAUGGAGAAGAGUCGAGGGGGUGACUGAGGCCCUUCUCCAGUGGUGCCACAGUGAUGCCAUUUUACUUGCCUUAUCUGGGGCUGACUGCUCGUGAGCUGUUCAUCUGUGCAGGAAAGGUGAGCAGCUCAGGUGGCGCAAAAGCCAGGUACAGCACAAGCCACGAAAUGGGCAGAGGCAGUGGUGAAAUUCUCCCCGUGGGCAAAAGGUGAUCAAACCCGUCACACAAUAUUGGCGUAUUAUAACAGUUGUGUGUGUAUGCAACACAAAAGCAGCCUGAAAGUCUAGCAGAGCUUUGUCCCCUCCCUCCAUCUGAACAUCAGCAGAACAGUAAUCCUGAAGAUCAGGUGCGUGUGUCUGGCUGUUGGUCACAUUUCUGUAACCAACCCAUAAUGGCCACGUUCCCAGUUUAUUUCUGGUUUCCGUAAAACGGGUAAGAUGAUCUUAACCUAAGAUUUUUCUUGAAUAUCUCUGCUUAAUUCUUCCUAGGAGAAACUGCCAAGGGUUUAGAUUAGCAAUUACCCGGCGUACAACUUGACUUGCAUACAACACACCUCGUGCAUAACAGCCCUAUUUAUAACAUUACAAAUAUAUGUCUUGUGUAUAACAUGUCUUAUUUAUGACGUGUGUAUAAUAUGCCUUCUGUACCAUGUCUAAUGUACAAUGUGCUCUCUGUACAACAUAACCUGUGCAUAAAACUCUCUGCAUGUAACAAA